AUGCGCCUGAUCAAUACAACUACACUUGGACUCGAGGAAUUCGAAGGCUCCGACAUUCCGCUGUAUGCAAUCCUCUCCCAUACCUGGGGCGAGGGCGAAGUCACGUACCAGGACGUCCAGGCCCGGAAAGCGAAGGGUAAACUGGGCUACGAAAAGAUCAAAAAUACCUGCAAAAGGGCACGGGCGGACGGGUUCGACUAUGUCUGGGUCGAUACUUGCUGCAUUGACAAGAAAAGCAGCGCAGAGCUUUCGGAAGCGAUCAACUCGAUGUGCAGCUGGUAUCGAGAUGCGAUAGUGUGUUACGCAUUUCUUGCCGAUGUGUCGUCAAAUUUCUCGGGUGGCCAAAUUAUGGUCGACGAUUUCGAAUUCUCGGACAGCAGAUGGUUCACUCGAGGAUGGACUCUCCAGGAGCUUAUAGUGCCUCAAAUAUUGAUAUUUCUCGACAGGAACUGGCAAGAAAUCGGUACCAAAGCAAGUCUCCAAAGAAAGAUAUCAGCUAUCACUGAUAUUCCCGCCAAUAUCCUUGAAGGUGAUAUUGACUCUGCGAGCGUAGCACAAAAGAUGUCAUGGGCUUCUUGGAGAGAGACAAAGAGAGUUGAGGACCAAGCGUAUUGUUUAUUGGGAUUGUUUGGCAUCCAUAUGCCUCUGCUCUACGGAGAAGGGAAGAAGGCCUUUAGGAGGCUGCAAGAAGAAAUUCUGAGGGUUUCGGACGAUUAUAGUAUCUUCGCCUGGGAAAACAACUCCAGGGCUACCGAGGGUCUCCUUGCCACAACCCCAUAUCAGUUCCAGGAUAGCAUGGAUGUGAAGGCAAUGGAUCAAUCAACCACUUCGGGCGGAGCAGUGACGGUGGACAAUAAAGGGAUCCACUUGACACUCCGCAUCAGCAAGCACGCUGUUCGUGACGAGGAUCAUUUUGCGCUCCUUCCAUGCACAAGGGGAGGAAGGCAAAUUGGAAUCUAUCUGCGACCGAUUCCAGAAACGAAGGACAUGUUCACAAGAAACAUGGUGAAAGAGUCCAUAUUUCCUCUCACAGACCAUUCUAAUCUGCGGGAUUACCUCGAGAGAAGUCUCUGUGUCCGACAGAGUCGUACAGAGCAGAUCAACACGCCUCAUUUACAUGCUGCCGCGGCAGUGGGACACCGGGCGUUGGUGAAUUUCUUGACUAGCAAGGGUAUGGGAUUAGAGUCCCGAGACCAGCAUGGCAGGACGGCAUUGUUUCUGGCGUCGGAGAAUGGCCACCUGGAAGUGGUACGGCUUCUGCUCGACAAGGGCGCCAACCCGAAUGCUCGAAGCAAAUCCGGAGCAACACCACUAGAUCUUGCGCAGAUAGGCCCUCACGAGCCAGUAGUAGAGCAGCUGCUUGAGAAGGGUGCUGUCAGGAGGGUGCCUUGA